AUGUCGACGACCACCACCACCACCACCGCGACCAAGGUGUCGCCCAAGACCGGCAAGAAGAGCAGAGUCGUAACGCUGGCCAUAUCUCCCAGCGUGCUGUCGCGCUUUCCAUCACACGCAGACACCACCAAGCGACCCUCGCCCACUUCCAUCAAAGACGAAGCCACCCCCAUCGUCCUAGCACCUGAGGCGGCCGACAAAUCAUCAGACUCGAAUGCUACCCCUGUGCCGGCGCCCAAUAAUGAUGGCACCGACGGCAACACUCUCGCUCCACCAAAGGUCGAUGGACGGAAGAAGCGAGGAGGUGCUGCUGCCGGUGGACGCAAGCGUGCACCGCCUUCCAUCGAUCCCAAUGCACCCAUGCGGGAGAGAGGUCGGCCAGGUCCUAAGAAGAAACCAAGACUCGCUGAUGGCACAAUCGACCGCUCCGGCGAGAAGGCUGCUGCAGUCACGACCAACCCCAUCCCGGCACACAAACUAGGACCCAAAGCCAACACGGGUGCUAUCAACGCUGGUCUUCGUGCCCUCGACCGCAGCGGCAAGCCAUGUCGCCGAUGGGAGAAGAAGGGUUUACAAAUCAAGUCAUUCACCGGCACCAUGUGGGACAUGCACAAGUGGAAAGCACCUCCGCGUGAGACAGGCUUUCCAGGAGACGUCAAGAGCGACAGUACGGGCUCGAGCGAUGUCAAGCCAGUACACGACAGCAGCGCCGUGCCCAGUGAGAGAAGUCACAGCCAUAUGGACGGCGACACCACUAUGAUCAACGGCAUCGCCAGCUCGCCAGCACCCCUUGUUGGCGCUUGA